AUGCCUCCUGUACUCGUCCCAACUGGGGAUCGAACCCGAAACGUGGGUAGGUACCUUGACCAGGAGUCAUACCUGUCACCUUUUGGCAUGUGGAACGAUGCUCCCACUACUGAGCCACCUGGUAAUUUAAAUAAAGUAGUAGAACAACUAGGGGUCUCCUUUGGAAAAUCACAAUAUGCAAUUUCAAGUAAAUGUGCUGGAGUGCACAGAAACUCACACACACACACACAAGCCCGUCAGCACCGAGGGCCGGCCCGUCUGAGCAGCAACACGCCUGACACACAGGAAGCGCGACGUGUCUGUGGGAUACGCGAAUGGUUGCCAUUUCUUUACACAGCGGGGCAGGGCAGGCUGGCACAAAAACACGCACACCCACCGAUCAGAUUUAUUGUUAUUUUAGUAUAA